ACGGUGCUGACAUCCCCAAAUUAUAACAAAUGGAAACGAUGUAGUGCCGCUGCGGAUUUUCAUAUAGCUAGAACUAACCGUAGAAUAGAGAGUAGAUAGCCGAGGAGCUAGCGGGCUUACUAACAUACAUGUAAAGUUAUUCUCUGGAGGCGCCGUGGAGGAGAGAGGAGAGUCUCCGCGCGGACACGUCACAUUUCAUCACUGGCCUCAAAUCAAAGAAGACAACACCAAGAUGCUGCGGAGAGGAUUAAACCGGCUGCUUGGUGGUGAUGAGAGAAGAGUAGACAGCAGGACCAUCUAUGUUGGACACCGGCUUUGUCCUGCAACUGAAGCUUUUAUCCCACCCAAGUUCUGUGAUAACAGGAUUGUGUCCUCCAAGUAUACAGUGUGGAACUUUCUACCAAAGAACCUGUUUGAACAGUUUAGAAGAAUUGCUAAUUUCUACUUCCUUAUCAUCUUCCUGGUGCAGGUGAUAGUGGACACCCCCACCAGCCCAGUCACCAGUGGUCUACCUUUAUUUUUUGUGAUUACUGUGACAGCUAUCAAGCAGGGAUAUGAGGACUGGCUGAGACAUAAAGCUGACAAAGAGGUGAAUAAGUACCCAGUGACGGUGCUGGAAGGAGGCCGGAGGAUACGUAAAGAGAGUGAGAAGAUCAAGGUUGGAGAUAUUGUGGAGGUGGAUGAGGAAGAGACCUUUCCCUGUGAUUUAAUACUGCUGCAGUCCAGUCGAGAUGACGAAACGUGCUUUGUGACCACAGCUAGUCUGGAUGGAGAAUCCAACCAUAAAACACAUUACACAGUGCCAGACAUGGAGAAGGAUCUGGAUUCUUUCAGCGCCACUGUUGAGUGUGAACAGCCACAGCCUGACCUUUAUAAGUUCGUUGGCCGUAUGCAUAUCUACAAAAAGGAUCAGGAGCCUGUGGUCAGAUCUUUGGGCCCAGAAAACCUACUUCUGAAAGGGGCAACUUUGAAGAACACUCAGAGAAUUUUUGGUGUUGCUGUUUACACUGGCAUGGAGACCAAGAUGGCUCUCAACUAUCAGGGCAAGUCUCAAAAACGCUCAGUCGUGGAGAAGUCUAUCAAUGCCUUCCUCCUGGUUUACCUUUGUAUUUUACUGAGCAAGGCCCUUGUGUGCACUACACUUAAGUACGUGUGGCAGAACAAGCCUGGGCAGGAUGAGCCUUGGUACAACCAGAAAACCCAGAGAGAAAAAGAUGCCAAUGUGUACUUAAAGAUGUUCACUGACUUCCUGUCAUUCAUGGUGCUCUUCAAUUUCAUCAUUCCUGUAUCCAUGUAUGUGACCGUUGAGAUGCAGAAGUUUUUAGGAUCUUUCUUCAUCACUUGGGACAAGGACUUCUUUGAUCCUGAAAUCAAAGAAGGAGCACUGGUUAACACAUCUGACCUGAAUGAGGAGCUGGGACAGGUAGACUACGUCUUCACAGACAAGACAGGCACUCUCACUGAGAAUAACAUGGAGUUCAUAGAGUGCUGCAUCGACGGAUUCCAGUAUAAGUCCUGGGAGGCAAGUUCAGAGUUGGAUGGAUUUUGUGUUACAGACGGACCUGCGAAUAAACUACAGCAGAAAGCUGGCAGGGAAAGAGAAGAGCUGUUUCUGCGUGCCUUGUGUCUCUGCCACACAGUCCAGGUGAAAGAGCCUACAGACGAGGGUCAGGACCAGCGGGAUGGACUGUUCGACCAAGUGGAUGGUAUGGGACUGAAUGAAGCGGUGCUUCAGCCACAGGAGCAGAGAGGCUUUAUAGCUUCUUCACCUGAUGAAGUCGCUUUGGUCAAAGGUGCCAUGAGAUAUGGCUUCAGAUUUUUAGGUCUUGAAAGCAAGACUCUAAAAAUUCUGAACAGGAACAAUGUUGUCGAGAUGUAUGACCAACUACAUGUUUUGAACUUUGACCCUGUGAGGAGGAGAAUGAGUGUAAUUGUGAAAACCAAAUCAGGCGAUAUAUUGCUCUUCUGCAAGGGAGCGGACUCUUCCAUCUUCCCUCGUGUCAGACAGGAUGAAGUCGAGAAGAUUCGCAAACAUGUGGAGCGCAAUGCAACAGAGGGUUACCGGACACUGUGUGUGGCCUACAAACAGCUGAGCGCAGAGGAAUAUGCCCAAGCAGACAGAGCCCUGAUAGAAGCCAGACUUGCUCUGCAGGAUAGAGAUGAGAAGCUGUUGGCGUUGUACAACCAGGUGGAAACGGGCAUGACUCUGAUAGGAGCUACUGCUGUAGAAGAUAGACUUCAGGAGCAGGCAGCAGAGACCAUGGAGGCUCUGCAGGGGGCCGGUAUUAGCGUUUGGGUACUAACAGGUGACAAGAUGGAGACAGCAAAGUCCACUUGUUAUGCUUGUAGAUUGUUCCAGAGGACCACAGAACUAUUGGAGCUAACGGUACGCUCACUGGAGGAAGGCGGAAGGAAGCGAGAGGAGCGACUGCACGAGCUUUUGCUUGAAUAUCAUAAGAAAGCUGUACAGGACGCAGCACCAGUCAAAACAGGAGUCACGAGAAGUUGGGCUACAACAAACCAUGAAUAUGGGUUUAUCAUUGAUGGAGCCACUCUGUCAAUGGUUCUCAACUCCUCUUCUGACUCCAACUCCAGCCGCUACAAGACCCUGUUCCUUCAGAUUUGUCAUAACUGCACUGCCGUGCUCUGCUGCCGUAUGGCACCUCUGCAGAAAGCUCAGAUUGUUAAAAUGGUGAAGAACUCGAAAGGCAGUCCAAUCACCCUUUCUAUUGGAGAUGGUGCCAAUGAUGUCAGCAUGAUUUUGGAGGCUCAUGUUGGAAUUGGUAUUAAGGGCAAAGAAGGCCGACAGGCUGUGAGGAACAGUGAUUAUGCUAUCCCAAAACUCAAGCACCUCAAGAAACUUUUGUUGGCUCAUGGUCAUCUGUAUUAUGUGCGCAUUGCUCACCUGGUGCAAUAUUUCUUUUACAAGAACCUUUGCUUCAUCUUACCUCAGUUUUUGUACCAGUUCUUCUGUGGUUAUUCCCAGCAGCCUCUGUAUGAUGCGGCCUAUCUGACGAUGUACAACAUCUGCUUCACCUCUAUGCCCAUCCUGGCUUACAGCCUUUUGGAACAGCACAUUGGCAUUGAGGUUCUCCUGGACAGUGCUGUGCUCUACAGAGAGAUAGCUAAGAAUGCUACUUUGCGAUGGCGACCCUUCCUCUACUGGACUUUACUUGGAGUGGUUCAUGGGUUGAUCUUCUUCUUUGGUGUUCGGCUUCUGUUUGGUAAUCCGACGCUGAAGGAUAAUGGCCAGGUAAUUGGGAAUUGGUCAUAUGGGACUAUUGUGUUUACUGUCCUCGUCUUCACUGUCACACUGAAGCUUGCUCUAGAUACAAGGCACUGGACAUGGCUCAACCACUUUGUAAUCUGGGGGUCCUUGGCUUUUUAUGUGGUUUUCAGCUUCUUCUGGGGAGGGAUCAUAUGGCCUUUCUUGCAGCAGCAGCGUCUGUACUUUGUGUUUGCCACCAUAUUGGGGUCCUCAACAGGCUGGUUAAUCAUUGUCCUCCUCAUCGUGGUCAGCCUGCUGCCAGAGAUCCUCAUAGUCGUGUUCCGCAAACCCUGUGGCCCUCACUCACGACAGAUGAAACAUCGCCUUCCUUCCUCGGGGACAUCUACUGUCUUCAUGCUGUCGCAGACUGCUAGCUCUCAGAGCUUCUCGUGGAGUGACUGAGGUCUCCUUUUCUUUCAGUCGACUCUUUUACUUGUCGUCACUUCCCAAAGAUCUCCCUGUGUGCCAUCUUGCUUGUUUCCUACCUGUUGUCUUCCACCUCUCCUAAUGUAGCGCCAUGACUCCUUCCUUAGCCUCCAGUAACUCAAGGGUGGUGUUCACUUUGUUAAAUCAGCCUCCAAUCCUAUGGUACCAAACAGUAUAGAUGAAUAGGUGUUAUUGCUUCAAUAAUCCUUGAGAGGUCCUUUCUUUAAAUUGUGACUUAAUAGCAUAUUAAAUUGAGAGGAACAUUUGUGCCAAAUGGUGUGUGGAGCAGAACUAGGUUUCCAGAGCCCUUGCAGUCAGUCUUCCAUCCUUAAAUGUGCAGUUGUAUCAGUCGGUGUGUUUGCAGUUUCCUGUGCUGCUUCAGUGCCUGCUGUCACCGCAUGUUCAGUCAGAUGCAGAAUGUAACUGCAUGAGACUAAAGUCAACAACCUUGUCCUGGACUGCAAACACAACACCUGCAGGCUACUGUACUUUGUCUGCAUGUGCACUUUGUAAAUGUAUAGACAGUCGUCCUCAGUGACACGCUGAGGAAAUUAUUUUAUUUUUUGUUUUUAAGCUUGAUACAGUGUUUUUCUUUUUUCUCUCACAGAGGUGUCUGUAUGAAAAUGAAUGUGAGGAAACACCUAAAAGGACAUAUAUCUGUCCACCUUUUCCAUGGUUGUCUUUUGUGGAUAUAUUGAACUGUGUGUGUCUUGUCUGUGUGAGACAGAGAACAUACAUGUGAGGCGUCUUUCUGUGUAUGUGUGUCUGUGUAUAUCGGUGUCGUGACGUCAUUGGUGUCUCUUGCCUCACCUUUCUAGAAGAAGCCAGUUGAGUCGAGCAUGGGGGGCCUCCAGUCGCCCCGGUCUUCAGCCAGGCCCCUGCUCAUGAGAACCUUUUCAGAUGAGUCCAAUACUGUCAUUUAAACAGGUAUCAGCCGAACAAAAGGUUGCCCCCUAAAUCCCAGCCAACCUUUCCGCUGUUCUGGACCUACAAUGCCUAAGUUAAUCAAAACAAGAAGGGAAAUGGAGCACAGUCUUAAUUGUUCAUGUGGCAGACAGACGCAGUGUCUUAUGUGUUGUGUGAGCUGCUAUUGGCUGGCUGAAGAGAUGCACUUUUUUCAUGUUGGGAUUAAGUUCAGUCAGUAUCAUUAUUAUUAUUGUUUUAUUUUAUUAAAAUUUUCAAAUGCAUCAGUUGGUGCAUUUAACUAACAUGCCAAAGCAUCUCAAGGUGUUUUGUGGCAGACCUGGAUUUUGGUUGUGUAUGUACUCCAUCUCAGAUGCUCCUUUCAGCCUCCCUUUGGAUAGAGCCCGCUGCAUGCACAAAAUCCCAUCAUAAAUGUUUUAAAGAAUCUUGGAUGAGUGUUUUAUUUUAAACAUGUUUGUGGCUUUGGUUUGUCUUUGUGUGAGGAUGUCAAUCAGUUUGCUUGAACUUCAUAGUGUGAAACAACAGUGCUGGUGUGUGCUUUUUCAUAGUGCAUGGAAUGUAUUGUUUUUUGGUCACCUUUUUGAUCUGGUUUGCACGUCUCUGUGGUCUUGUCAGUCAAUCUUUGCUUACUGUCUUACUGCAUUUUUAUUUGUUGAUUUUAGCUCACUGCAUGAUUUGGCUUUGGUUUAACUUCAAGUUAAUGCUACAUUCUAUGCAGGGGGCAGACCAAAAAAGUUCAGUUAUCAUUUGAAAUUUGUAGAUAUUAAAUGGACUGCAUUUCUAAAGCACCACUCAAUCUGCAAGCAGAAGAUCCAAAGUGCUUUCAGGUGAUACCUCACAUUUAUGACAAAGGCAACUUUACAUGACAGUAUCAGUUUUUGCUAAACAGUUGUAAUCAUUUGUUCUGUCAAAAUUAGUCUCUACCUUAAACAAACAAACAAAAAAA